AUUAGACAUUUAGUAAUGCGAGAGUAUUGCUAAAGAUAACAACACAUGUUGUUCGUGUUCUCUAUUUGGGCAGAGUGUGUGUGUGUGUCAUUGAAAAUAGUUGAAAAUAAAUAGAAAAAUAUUUAACAGCGCAAAACUAAUAAUAUUUGUAUAGAAAAUAUUGAUAAAUUUUUAAAUAAAAACAGUUUGGUUUAAUAAUUGAAUUAGUGUAAAAUAAUUAUACAAAAAGUGCCUGUAUUGUUAAAAUGUGCAAAAACGGAAAUUGAACUGUGAUAAAAAAUAGUAGAAAAAAUAUUUGUUUUAUUUUUUGUGUGUUUUACAAUAAUUAUUUAUGUGGUGAAAUUACUGAGAUUUGGAGUGAAUAAUACCAGAUAGUGCACAUGCAAAAUUACAAUAUACCUACAUAUUUCUGUUUGACGAAAUAUACCUACAACAAAAAUAUUUACAAAUUUCAAAGGAAAAUUAAAACUUAUUGUUUCAACAUCUUUAAAAUUCUCAUUUGGUUUACACAAAGGAAUUGUUAAACAUAAAAUAUCACUCUUUCUACUUCUUCCAUCGUUAUCUUACAGAAUCUUAAUGUCUCAUCUUUUAGUGUUUAAUAAAUUAGUAAAUUUUUAAGAAAAAAAAUCUAAAAUGGUGCGAGUUACUAGUUGGGAAAAGUUUAAAUUAUUACUCUGGAAAAAUUGGCUAUUACAAUGGAAUCAAAAAUGGCAACUUAUUAUCGAAUUAUUUUUGCCGGCCAUUUUCUCCUUACUGCUGGUGUUAGUACGCACAUUAGUGGUGGCCGAACCAAAACCGAUUACCCAUUAUAACCCACAAAAUAUAAGUAAUCUUAAUUUAUUCGAAACUACCAUGGCGGAUUUGCCCAAUGCAAAAUCGGUUCCACUCUCCCUAGGCUAUGCACCAAAAAAUCCUAUACUAGAGCAAAUCGUUCAAGAAGCUGCUAAUGCUUUGAAUUUACAAGGUAUUCAGGGCUAUGAAAAUGCUAUAACAAUGCAAAAUAAUCUGGAAGGUGGCAAACAUUUAACGGGAGUACAAUUUAAUGAUAGUUGGAGUGAUAUUGACACAUACCCAAAGGAUUUCUCAUUUGCUUUACGUUUUCCAAGUGAAUUGCGAACAUCGUCAUCGAAUUUACCCAUGACCUGGCUGACAAUGAAGCUUUUUAUGCCAAUCGAUUUGUCGGGACCAAGAAAUGCUGAUUCUCAAGAUGGUGGUUUGCCUGUAGGUUAUUUGCGUGAAGGUUUCUUACCCGUACAAAAUGCUAUUUCAAUGGCUUAUAUGAAACUAGUUACAAAUAAAAGUGAUUUGCCUUAUGUGUAUAUGCAACGUUAUCCGUAUCCGGCUUAUAUAUUUGAUCCCCUAUUGGAGGGUCUAUCAUCUAUCAUGUCAUUGAUUAUACUUUUAAGUUUUAUUUAUCCUUGUACUUAUAUUGUUAAGUAUAUAACAGCUGAAAAAGAGAAACAGUUGAAGGAAGUUAUGAAAAUCAUGGGUUUAAAUAACUGGAUCCACUGGACGGCAUGGUUUGUUAAAUCAUUUAUAAUGUUGAGCAUAUCGGCCAUAUUGAUCACAAUUUUAAUGAAAAUCCGUUGGGCUGAUGAUGUCGCAGUCUUAACACAUGCCGAUUGGUCCGUUCUACUUUUCUUCAUGCUGAUCUACAUCAUUACAAGCAUUUGUUUCUGUUUCAUGAUGGCCACAUUUUUCUCAAGGGCCAGUACCGCAGCGGCCGUUACCGGUUUAGUGUGGUUCAUUGCCUACAUGCCAUUCUCCUUUACCAUACAGACGUACGAUCAGCUAAGUUUGGGCUCCAAACUUGGUUGGUGUUUAGUUUCCAAUACUGCUAUGGGCUUUGCAUUCAAAUUAAUACUCGAAUUUGAAGGUACUGGAGAGGGUUUCCAAUGGAGCAAUCUCUUCACUCCAGUCAAUGUUGAUGACAAUCUUACAGUGGGUUAUAUUAUACUAAUAAUGUUGGCUUCCUGUGUUCUUUAUAUGUGUAUAUGUUUGUAUGUUGAGCAAAUAUUCCCCGGUGAAUUUGGUGUGCCAAAGAAAUGGAAUUUUAUUUUCACCGCCAAAUUUUGGUGUGGCGAAAAGGAUUAUAUUGGUGUAGAGGAUAUACCAAACGGUCAUAUAGAAAGACAAAAUCCUGAUGCUUUUGAACCAGAACCUUCGGGUAAACAUGUGGGUUUACAGGUUAAGAAUUUGAAAAAGAAGUUUGGUGAUAAAAUGGCGGUGAAAGGUUUGUCGGUGAAUAUGUAUGAAGAUGAAAUUACAGUUUUGUUGGGUCAUAAUGGUGCUGGUAAAACUACCACCAUUUCCAUGUUGACCGGUAUGUUCCCUCCCACUGCAGGAACGGCCAUUAUAAAUGGCAGUGAUAUACGUACUAAUAUAGAGGGAGCUAGAAUGUCAUUGGGUGUUUGUCCCCAACAUAAUGUUUUGUUUGAUGAUUUAACCGUGGCCGAGCAUUUGACAUUCUUUAGUCGUUUGAAGGGUCUUCAGGGUGAUGAUAUUAAGCGGGAAGUAGAUAAAUAUGUAAAAAUGAUCGAGUUGGAAGACAAAGCUAAUGUGGCCUCAAAAAAACUUUCGGGCGGCAUGAAACGUAAAUUAUCUGUUUGUUGUGCUUUGACCGGCAAUACGAAAGUUGUUUUAUGUGAUGAACCCAGUUCGGGUAUGGAUCCUUCGGCUCGCCGUCAAUUAUGGGAUCUGCUGCAAGGUGAAAAGGUGGGACGUACUAUUUUGUUGACUACUCAUUUCAUGGACGAAGCUGAUGUUUUGGGUGAUCGUAUAGCGAUUAUGUGUGAUGGUGAAUUAAAAUGUCAUGGUACUUCGUUCUUUUUGAAAAAGAAAUAUGGUUCGGGUUAUAGAUUGAUUUGUGUUAAACGUGAUGGUUGUAAUGCUGAAGAAAUUACCAGCUUAUUGCAAACAUAUAUACCCGAUUUGCAACCGGAAGCCGAUAUUGGUGCCGAAUUAUCCUAUCAAUUACCAGACAACUACUCCAGUAAAUUCGAAGAAAUGUUUGGUUCCUUGGAAGAACAAUCAGAGGAUUUAAAACUUAAUGGUUACGGUAUAGGCAUUACAUCAUUGGAAGAGGUAUUUAUGAAAGUGGGAGCUGAAAAUGCCAAUGAUGGUAGUCGUAAAAAUGCCAGCGCCAUAAUGAAUGGUGGUACUGGUUAUGCCGAUGAUGAUGUAGAAUCUAUAACUUCUGAAGGUUUAUUCACUGAAAAUACUCAUUUGCUAAAGGGUGUCAAUCUUUUGACCAAUCAAUGGAGUGCCAUGAUGUUAAAGAAAUUCCUCUACACCUAUCGCAAUAAAUUACUCUUCCUUAUACAAAAUAUUAUGCCCAUUUUCUUUGUUACUGUUACUAUUUUAAUAACUCGCACUCAAGGUACCUUUAAUGAACUACAGCCCAUGACUAUGGGUUUAACUCAAUAUCCUUUGGCUGUUACGGUUAUGGAAGUAGAUAACAAUGUGACAACGGACUCCUUGUCCUACAAAAUAGCUGAUAAGUAUAAGAGUAUAGCCUCAUCGUAUGGCAGUGAUUAUGAAUUCCGUGAAACGGGUGAACAAAGCUUCAGUAAUUACAUUUUGGAUUUGGGUAAAGAAAUACAAGUGCGCAUUAAUUCGAGAUAUUUGGCUGCGGCUUCCAUAAGACCUAACAACAUUACUGCUUGGCUUAAUAAUCAACCUUUACAUACAGCACCUUUGACAGUGAAUUUGGUGCAUAAUGCCAUGAUCAAAGCCUUAAUGAACGACACUUAUCAGAUUACAAUUACCAAUGCUCCUCUGCCCUAUACUACUGAUACCCGUCUAACACAAUUAAACACUGGCAAUAAUUUGGGCACACAGCUAUCCACCAAUUUGUGUUUCUGCUUCUGUUUCGUUAGUGCCUUUUAUAUAUUGUUUUUGAUUAAAGAACGUGAAACCCGCUCUAAACUAUUGCAAUUUGUGGGCGGCGUUAAAGUUUGGACAUUCUGGUUGUCACAAUUGUUAUGGGAUAUUUUGACAUUUGCUCUUACCGCUAUUAUAGUUGUAGCCACCAUAGCCUGUUGGCAGGAGCAGAACUUUUCGUCAUUCGGUGAUCUGGCUCGCUAUUUCUUGAUUAUUAUGCUAUUCGGUUUUUCUGUGCUUCCAUUUACCUAUUUGAUUUCGUUUUAUUUCACUGAACCUGCUACGGGUUUUGCCAGAGUUUCUAUAAUAAAUAUAUUUGCGGGUAUGGCUUUGUUUAUAGUGGUUAUAGUUAUGUCGUUUGAUUUCUUCGAUACCAAGGACACUGCCAAUUUAUUGGGCUGGUUCUUUAGAAUAUUCCCUCAUUUCUCUUUAGCUAUGGGUUUAAAUAAGCUUUAUAUAAAUGUGGCUACCCGUGAAGCUUGCAGCAACAAUCUUAUUGCUAUUUUACCAGAUGGCUUGAGAUGUCAAUUAGUACCAAAAUGUUGUAACACUAUUCCUUAUUUCGCCUGGGACGAACCUGGUGUUUUACCUGAAACCGUUUAUAUGGUGGUGACAGCUGUUAUAUUUUUCUUAAUCAUAAUAAUACGGGAAUACAGUCUAGUUAGUGAACUGAUUUAUAAAAUCAAACAAAGAAGUUUUAAACCUCCACCACCACCCGAAGAUGGUUAUUUUGAUGAAGAUGUAGAUAAUGAAAAACAACGUAUAUUGAAUAUGUCAGAAUCUGAGUUAACAGUUACAAAUCUGGUUUUAGAUCGUGUUACGAAAUAUUAUGGAAAAUUUUUGGCUGUCAACCAAGUAUCGCUGUGUGUCAAACCAGUUGAAUGUUUUGGUUUGUUGGGUGUUAACGGCGCCGGCAAAACCACAACCUUUAAAAUGAUGACUGGUGAUGAACGCAUCACUUUCGGUAGCGCUUAUGUUAAGGGUCUUAACUUAGCCUCCGAUAUGAAUGAAAUAUAUAAGGAAAUUGGCUAUUGUCCACAAUUUGAUGCUCUCUUGGAAGAUUUAACAGGUCGUGAAACUUUAAAGAUAUUCUGUUUACUCAGAGGCAUUCAUAAGGAUCGUAUUAAAUAUAUAACAGAGGAAUUGGCCAAAUCAUUUGGUUUCAUGAAACAUUUAGAUAAAGAAACAAAAGCUUACAGUGGAGGCAAUAAACGUAAAUUAAGUACUGCUAUAUCGGUGAUCGGUAGUCCUUCGGUUAUAUAUUUGGAUGAACCCACCACCGGUAUGGAUCCAGCAGCCAGACGUCAGCUAUGGAAUAUGGUUUGUCGUAUACGUGAUUCGGGCAAAUCCAUCGUAUUAACCUCUCACAGUAUGGAAGAAUGUGAGGCAUUGUGUACCCGUCUAGCCAUUAUGGUGAAUGGUGAAUUUAAAUGUAUUGGAUCUACACAACAUUUAAAGAAUAAAUUUUCAAAGGGUCUGAUAUUAAAGAUUAAAGUAAAACGUAAUGAUGAUAUGAUGAAGAUAAGAAACUCCAUUAUCUUAAAUGCCGAUGAAACUUUAGCGCCGGCCCACAUUAUGAGUGUGGAUAUAGAAAAUGUUAAGGCAUUUGUGGAAAGAGAAUUUCCACAAGCCAUCUUACAAGAGGAAUACCAAGGUAUUCUCACCUUCUACAUUCCCCUUUCUAGUAUUAAAUGGUCGAAAAUCUUUGGUCUCAUGGAACGUAAUCGUGAUGAUUUAAACAUCGAGGAUUAUUCAAUAUCCCAGACUACACUAGAGGAAAUUUUCUUAGAUUUUGCCAAAUAUCAAAGAGAAGAUCCCCGACAAGUCAAAACUUCAAAAACAUUCACUUGGCUUUCGAACCUUAACUGUAUGAGUGCAAAUAACAAAAGCUGAGAUUUAGCCAAUGAUCUAGCUCCUAGAUCAUCAUCAAUAGCAAUGGAGGCCAGAGUAUAAUAAUUUUAAGGAUACAAUUUAACAAAGAAGAUUUUUCUAAGGCUUUAACCUAAUGUGUAUCUACAAAUAUGUAUUACUUAAAUAUAGUAAUAAAUCGAAACAAAUAAAUCUCAUUGAGAAAUCCCCUAAAAUUUUAUAUGUUUGUAACUAAUUUUAAAAUAUAUAUUUUAUAUUUAUACUUUAUUUUUUUAUAUUUAUAAGUAUUAAAUUGAAAUUAUUAUAACUAUAGUAUAAAUUUAGCUAAUUACAAAUAUCUAAACUUUGGUGAUUUAUAAAAUUUUAAGUAAAAUAUUUAAUAAAUGUAUUAUUAACAAAAUUUAUUCAAAUUAUAUUUUAGCUAUAUAUUAUGGUAUUUAAACAAAUGUGUGCUUAAAACUACUCAAAUAAAUGACAUUAGAAAAAUGGAAA